AUGAAUGCCCAUCGAUCCGCCUUCUUCGCUUGCGAGCAAUGCCGGGAGCGCAAAAGAAGAUGUGACAAAGCCAAGCCCAAAUGCUCCUCUUGCACCUACCUAGAUGUAGAGUGUUUCUAUAAGCCAGCUUCGGAUCCUAGGCCAUCACAACUCGUCCAGGAACUUUCCAGCAUUCGAGAAAGGUUGGAUUAUAUUGCGCCAUUGGUUGAAAACCUCGGGAAUCCGCCUACAUUCUGGAAACGCACCGAAUAUCUGCACCCUCAACCACAGGCUCCUCCGAUCAGCAUCAAAUCCCAAUCCCUGAUGCAGACAAUUGGUUUGCGGUCAGACUUUGCAGCCUUCCUCUAUCAGUUAGAAAAGGCCGCACCAUAUACUCCUGUGACUUCCAUGGAACUUAGUCUUCUCCGACUACAGGAAGACAAAGUCACCGAGAUUAUACGCGUAUUCACGGAAAGGGUUCACGUGUGGUACCCCGUUAUCCAUCUAAGCAUCACCGAUCACCUCGUUGAGACGAACAGCUCAUGUUUCUCACCUUCGACCAAGUCCUGCUUAAGUCUCCUUGUUAUAUCAAUUGCAUUUAUUCUGAGUACGGCACAAUCAGAGUCUAUCCACUUUGAAGUUGCCUUGUCAAUGCUUCCAAUAGUGCUCCAAGAGGACAGCGUGAUCAGUAUUCAGUGUUUAGUUCUCUUGAGUAUAUACUUUGCCUGUCGAAUGCAACCACGGCAAUCCUACGGCUAUAUCCGAAUCGCAUCUUUUCGUGUACAGUCCCUCCUUAGAAGCGAGAUUUCAAUGCAUUUAAAUUUAUCUGCAGCGUACAGUCAGCCACGACCCGGUCGCUCCCAUUCCCCUAUUCCCUUUCCUACAAAACACAAGUAUUGGAACAUCCUUCCUGAAUUGUUCCCAUCUCGCUCAUGGUCCACUCCGUCAUCAGAUCCCCCUAGUCAUUUGCAGCAUGAUUCCCUCCACUUUUUCCAAGAACUUCAUUUACAGCAAUUGAUAGACAAGUGCAUCGACUCGGCGACAGGAGCGUCAUGCACUGCCUACCCAACUGGCACGUCUUCUGUGGAAUACGGCAUCAGCCUGCAACGGUUAUUAGAUUCUUUGCCACCAAUACCGCACUUCAGCGUGCUUUCAAUGUCCCAGGAUAUGGCCACUCGCCACCAGCAUGCUGCUCUUCUCCGAGCGAAAUGUCACGCAUACGAGAUAUCCAGCUACUGGCCAGCGAUAUAUCGCGCUAUUGUACUUAAAUGUGUUGACUCCGAGCUACUCUCCUACGCUUCACUUUUCAUUGAAUCGAUUGUAAACUUCUUGGAUACGGCCAGUUUCGCGGUUCGGGUGUGUGCCCCAAAGUCAUGGUCGCUUUCUGCAAGCCUCUUUAUCGUGUCCAUGGUAGCUAUUUGGACAGUGGAUAACCUGCACCUCCAAAGCCCUCUUCCACUUAGUCUCAGGAGAUAUCUCAAAGAUACCUUGGAUACUCUCAAGCAAUUUAGCGAGCUUAGCCCGUUAGUGAAACACAUGGCAGAAGUGCUAGAGAAUAGGUUGCAGGAGAUUGAUGUUCCUUAA